CCUUUUAAAAACACACUCUCACCCCCACUCAACCAACACAACACAUUUUUCUCCUUCUUCGCUCACUCACUUGACAUUGACAUUCUUCGUUAAUUUUCAACAAUCAUGGAUCCUGUGAACGUAUGGGGGAACGCGCCUUUGGUGACGGUGGAUCCCGAAAUCCACGACCUGAUAGAAAAGGAGAAGCGUCGCCAGUGCCGCGGAAUCGAGCUGAUCGCAUCGGAGAAUUUCACCUCCUUUGCGGUGAUCGAGGCCCUGGGGAGCGCCCUCACCAACAAAUACUCAGAAGGCAUGCCGGGAAAUCGCUACUACGGCGGCAAUGAGUUCAUUGACGAGAUCGAAAACCUUUGUCGCUCACGCGCCCUCACCGCUUUCCACCUCGAUGCCCAAUCGUGGGGGGUCAAUGUGCAGCCAUACUCGGGCUCCCCGGCCAACUUCGCCGCGUACACAGCGGUGCUGAACCCCCACGACCGCAUCAUGGGGCUGGAUCUGCCCUCUGGCGGUCACCUCACCCACGGGUACUACACCUCCGGCGGGAAGAAGAUCUCUGCCACCUCAAUAUACUUCGAGAGCCUCCCGUACAAGGUGAACUCCACCACGGGGUUCAUCGACUACGACCGAUUGGAGGAGAAGGCGCUGGACUUCAGGCCCAAGAUGAUAAUCUGCGGGGGAAGCGCCUACCCUCGCGACUGGGACUACAAACGCUUCCGGGCAAUAGCGGACAUGUGCGGCGCACUGCUCCUCUGCGACAUGGCGCACAUUAGUGGUCUUGUGGCCGCGCAGGAAGCGAACAACCCUUUCGAAUAUUGCGACAUUGUCACCACCACGACGCAUAAGAGCUUGCGCGGUCCAAGGGCGGGCAUGAUCUUCUACCGGAAGGGUCCGAAGCCGCCCAAGAAGGGGCAGCCGGAGAACGCCGUUUAUGAAUUCGAGGACAAAAUCAACUUCGCCGUUUUCCCUUCUCUCCAGGGUGGUCCUCACAACCACCAGAUUGGGGCCCUCGCCGUGGCGCUGAAACAGGUAGCGACGCCUGGGUUCAAGGCCUACGCCAAGCAGGUGAAGGCCAACGCCGCUGCGCUCGGCAAGUUCUUGAUGGGGAAAGGGUACAGUCUCGUCACCGGUGGAACAGAGAACCAUCUUGUCUUGUGGGAUCUCAGACCUCUUGGAUUGACUGGGAACAAGGUGGAGAAACUUUGUGAUCUCUGCAACAUUACCGUCAAUAAGAACGCUGUUUUUGGUGACAGCAGUGCCUUGGCUCCCGGAGGUGUACGAAUUGGUGCCCCUGCCAUGACUUCUAGGGGUUUGGUUGAAAAGGACUUUGAGCAGAUUGGUGAGUUCCUUCACCGUGCUGUGACUCUCACACUAGAUAUCCAGAAGGAAUAUGGCAAACUUCUAAAGGAGUUCAGCAAGGGCCUCGUUGACAAUAAGGCUAUUGAAGAUCUCAAAUCUGAUGUUGAGAAGUUCUCUGCCACGUAUGGCAUGCCCGGCUUCCUGGUAUCUGAAAUGAAGUACAAGAAUUAGAUUCAAUCAUACAGUUCUCCACUGUCAUUCAAAUUCCAGCACAAAGUGCACAAGUAGAGAAAAGGGAAAUAAGUUUCAUCCGUUUUGAGAGCGAUGGGUGUAUAGAGAUGGUGUUUCAAUUGAGAAGUUUAAAAUAUCUUUGAUUUUUGUAUUCACGUUUAAUUUUUUAACUUGAUUAAUAUCAUAUUUUUUCUCAUUAAAAAACUUAAAAUAAUACAUGUACUUUCGUACUUUUCAUCUAAA